UGUCGAUUGGCUAUAAAUCAACGAAUUCAUCAAUGAGUGAUACUGAAGAUGACAUUACCAAGCAUCCGCUUGGGAAAUACCUAGACGAAGAAAUGGAGCCAACCUCUUCAAAGAAAUUCGACAUUGAUGCUUUAAUAGAGCAAGCCAAGGAAGGACAAUUCUUUGAUCCUGUUACUAUCAAGCUUAUAUGUCUUAAAGCAAGAGAGUUGUUAGUGGAGGAAGAAAAUGUUGUUCAGGUCAGUGCACCUGUCUCCCUCGUGGGGGAUAUUCAUGGGCAGUUCCAUGACCUCCUUGAGAUAUUUAAGAUUGGAGGAGAAAUACCACACACGAAUUAUUUGUUCCUUGGAGAUUAUGUUGAUAGAGGAGCUUACAGUAUAGAGACAAUAAUGCUGCUCAUACUUUUCAAAAUUAGAUAUCCCCAAAGAGUUACUUUACUCAGAGGAAAUCACGAGUCUAGGCAGAUCACCCAGAUCUACGGCUUUUAUACUGAGUGUCAGAGGAAGUACGGAAAUCCUAAUGCUUGGAAAUAUGUAACUGACUUGUUUGAUUAUCUUCCAAUUGCAGCUUUCAUUGAUGACUCAAUCUUUUGAGUCCAUGGAGGACUUUCCCCUCUACUGCAAAAUAUUGACUAUGUCAAGGAAAUCAACAGGUUCAGAGAGAUUCCUCAUGAGGGAGCUUUCGCUGAUCUCAUGUGGUCAGACCCUGAUGCUGACCUUGAUGGCUUUAAGAUCUCUCCAAGAGGAGCAGGGUUCCAAUUCGGCUGAGAUGUGGUGAAAAGAUUUAUCGAAUGCAACAACAUUAGUAAGAUCUAUCGUGCUCAUCAACUCUGCAUGGAAGGGUACCUGAUUCUCUUCGACGGAACCAUGAACACAGUCUGGAGUGCCCCAAAUUACUGAUACCGCUAUGGAAACUUAGCCAGUAUCAACGAAAUCGAUGAACACCUCAACGACUUCUUCAAUGUGUUCUCUUGAUCCCCAGAAAAUGCAGAAGAAAGCAAAGAUAAUGAUGGUGACAGGGUCAAAACUCCAUUAAGCAGCAAGUCAAAGCAUAAGGAGAUCGACUAUUUUCUCUAA